GUAACGGGAAAGAAAAAGAGAAAAAAAAAACGGGGAAAAGAGGGGGGGAAGGAGAAACAAGCGGCGCUCUUCUCUACUAAACCAUUCAUAAUGUCAUCAUCACCACCAUGGACAACUUUGUGGCCUGAGAUGCAGUUGUUGAAUUUUCCCAUGAGGGACCGUGCGCUCAAGGUUUCAGUCCGGUCUGGGAUUUUUUUUUGCCUCUCUCUCUCUCUCUUCUUACAUAUUGUGUCCAUAUAUCCAUUCGUCCGAACUGCCUGUCUGUUUGAUAGCAAGACUGUUGUGGCGGUGCAAGAUCCAUUGUGCCCACCACGACGAGAAACGGAAUACGAGUACGAGGGGACGGUGAUAGCCGCAGGACCCUCUUUUCUUUUUGCUGGUGUGUGAGUGCUGCUUGGCAAUGCGCAAACGGCUGAUCCUUUCUGAGUGGUUUUCUUCUUCUUCUUUUUUCCAAUGCAUGCAUGAAUGGUUGGAUCGACGGGACUUUGGAUUGGGGAUUCUCGUUAUCUGCUCUCUUUCUUUCCCCCAAAGUAAAC